UCGCAGUUUAUUGACGUCACUCAGAGCACAUGUGCACGGAGCCCUGCUGGCUGUGUGUUCUGGUGUUCAGUUGUUUUAUUUUAUUAAUAAAUAAAUCACCGUGUGUAUUGUGUGUGUGUGUGUGUGUGUGUGUGUUAGUGUGUGAGUGUGUGUGUGUGAGUGUGUGCAGUCCAGCAGCCGUGUGUGAGUGUCCACAAUGGGAGGUUUACAGAAGAAAAAGUAUGAGAGCGGAUCAGCGACCAACUACAUCAGCAGGAACAAAGCACGCAAGAAGCUGAGCCUGAGUUUGGCUGAUUUCAGACGUUUGUGCAUCUUGAAAGGAAUUUACCCGCAUGAACCCAAACACAAGAAGAAGGUCAACAAGGGCUCCACGGCUCAGAGGACUUUCUACCUGCUGAAAGACAUUCGCUUCCUCUUACACGAGCCCGUCGUCAGGAAGUUCAGAGAGUACAAGAUAUUUGUGCGUAAACUGCGGAAAGCGUACGGAAAGGCAGAAUGGGGCUCGGUCGAGAGGCUGAAAGAAAACAAACCCUCGUACAAACUGGACCACAUCGUGAAGGAGAGGUAUCCGACCUUCAUCGACGCUCUGCGGGACUUGGACGAUGCUCUGUCCAUGGCCUUCCUCUUCUCUACGUUCGCUCGCACCGGGAAGUGUCACGUGCAAACCAUCCAGCUGUGCCGCAGACUCAGCGUGGAGUGGAUGAACUACAUCAUCGCAUCACGCUCGCUCAGAAAGGUUUUUCUAUCCAUUAAAGGCAUCUAUUACCAGGCAGACGUGCUGGGACAGACCAUCACCUGGCUUGCACCAUAUCAGUUUUCUCAUGAUCACCCUACAGAUGUGGAUUACAGAGUCAUGGCCACUUUCACAGAGUUCUACACCACACUGCUUGGCUUCAUCAACUUUCGCCUCUACCAAACCCUCAACCUCGUUUACCCACCCAAGCUUGAGAGAGAAGGAGAGACAGAUCUCCAGGCUGGAUUUGAGGAGGACUAUGCCAUGGAUUCAGAGAGCUACAUGGAGAAACUGUCAGCGCUGAGCAGCAGUCUGGCUCGUGUCGUCUCCACGCCCGAAGAAGAGGAAGCGGAGAUGGAUCAUUUCCCCGCCGAAGGGGAGGACAUGGAGAAGAUGGAGGCGAGGGUGAAGGCUGAGCGAGAGGAGGACAAACAGAAGAAGCUCUUCGAGGGCCUGAAGUUCUUCCUGAACAGAGAAGUGCCGAGGGAAUCUCUGGCUUUCUUGCUGAGGUGUUUUGGUGCACAGGUGUCCUGGGACAAAUCUCUGUGUAUCGGCAGCACGUAUGAUGUCAGUGAUGAGACAAUAACACACCAUAUAGUGGACAGACCCAGCCUGGACAAACAGUACAUCAACAGGUAUUACGUUCAGCCUCAGUGGGUGUACGACUGCGUGAACGCCAAGAUGCUCCUUCCGGUGGAGGACUACUUCCUGGGCGUCGCACUUCCUCCUCACCUGUCACCCUUUGUCGAGGAGAAGGAAGGCGAUUACGUUCCUCCAGAGAGGCAGAAACUGCUCGCUCUCCAGCGAGGAGAGAAACCCGUCACAGAGCAGGAUGAUGAUGAGGAGGAUGAUGAUGAGGAGGAGGAGGAGGAGGAGGAAGAAGAAGAAGAAGAGGAGGAGGAGGAAGAAGAAGAGGAGGAUGACGAUGAGGAGGCUGAACAAGAGGCCAAGCUGAAAGAUAUGGAACAGAAAAGAACGCAGGGGAAGGCCUUAUCGGUGAAGGUGACCCCUGGAAAGCUGACUCCAGACAACAAGCAGAGACUGGAGCAAGAAGAGAAGGCUGAGGAGAAGAGGCUCGCCAUCAUGAUGAUGAAGAAGAAGGACAAAUACCUUUACGAUAAGAUCAUGUUCGGGAAGAAGAGGAAGGUUCGAGAGGCAAACAAAAUGGUGGCCAAGCGACAAGCUUUCGAGGAGGCCAGCAAAUCAGACAGAAAGAAAAAGAAGGCGAAGAAUCAGUAGAGGCAAAAUUGAGAGCGGACGUUAUUUUUAUUAUUAAAAAUAAUUCUAUCCAUUUAUUAAAAAGUCUCACAGCCUACUGAAUUUUUUUUUUUUUCAUUCUCUUCAGUGAUGUGUAGGUUUCACGAUCCGUCGUGUUCAAUCGAUCAAAUUUCUUCAUGUAUUUUAAAUAAAUCUAAUCAACCCACCGUA